UGGUUAUUGGUACAAGAUGCUGGUCGGGUACUGGUUCAUUCAAUCUAUUAUCAAAAUAUUAUUGUUUUCAGAUGCCCAAAAAAUAUACUCGUGAUGAUGUUGCAAAUGCCAUCAAUGAGAUACGGAAUGGUGCCAGAAUUCGAGAGACAGAAAGAAAAUAUAACAUACCCCACGCAACCAUGAUGGAUAAAUUGAAAGAAAGGAGUUCAUUGGAUGCUAGAAAAGGGCCUCCAACGAUUUUAACACAAAAUGAGGAGGAGCUUCUAUGUUUAUGGCUGAAAGCAAUGGCUAAAAAAGGGAUUCCAGUUGAGCCACGGCAGCUUCUUGAUGCUGUAGAGGAGAUCAUGAAGAAAGAUGGUAGACAAAACCCAUUCAAUGAAGGAAGGCCUGGAAGAAAAUGGAUUGAUCUCUUCUUCAAACGACAUCCAGAUAUUUCACUUCGAAAGCCUGAAGCUCUUGGAAUUGGACGAUCAUUGGUUACAGAAAAAUCCAUUAGGAAAUGGCAUGAUGACUUGAAGCAGUACAUCAUUGAGGUAACAGGGAAUACUGAUUUGCUUGACGACCCCAAGAGAAUCUUAAAUGGGGAUGAAUCAGGGUUUCAAACAAACCCUGUAACAUCUCUAGUGAUAGGGCCUAAAGGGUUUAAAGACUUAUACGAAGUGCGAGGCAGUAACAAAGAGUGUAUAACUGUUAUGGUUACAUUUAAUGCAGCUGGAGACAUGGCACCUCCUUGCAUUGUUCUCCCAUAUGAAAGAAUACCAGCUGAUAUAAGUCAUAAUGUCAAUCCUAACUGGUCAUUAGGGAAAUCCAAAACUGGGUGGAUGACUUCUCAAGUAUUUUACGGAUAUGUUGCCAACAGUCUUCUGCCAUUUUUGAGAAAUAUGAAUUGCACUUUUCCAAUUUUGUACUUGAUUGAUGGUCACAAAUCUCAUAUCAGCUAUGAAGUUGCAACACUCUGCAAAGAUAAUAAUAUAAUUUUGUACUCAUUGCUGCCAAAUGCUACCCAUAUAUUGCAGCCAGCUGAUGUGUCUGUUUUUCGACCAAUAAAAUGUCGUUGGAAGAAGAUUGUUUCAGACUGGCAGAAAAAAACAGGCAAUAGAAUAGUAACUAAAGCUAAUUUUGCGCCAUUGGUAGAAGAUGCUCUUCAAGCAGCUACAAUUGAAAUUUUACAGAAAGGAUUUCGAAAGUGUGGAAUUUAUCCAUUCAAUAAAGAUAAUAUUGACUUCAACAAAUGCUUGAGCCAUAGUUCCAGAGUGGUUGAAAAACCAUGUCAGUUCAAGACUGAACAUCUAUUGUUUUUAGAAUCAAUGUCAUCCUCUUCUCGAAUUCGAGAGUUCCGCAACAGUGGUGAAGAAUGGCAAGGAGAUGAUUCUGCUAAGGAAUUAUUUUAUGUAUGGAAGAAGAUAAAGAACUAUAUUAUGCAACAAGAAAAAUCUCAGACGAUUGAGUGCUCCAGCUCUGACAACAACAAUAAUUGUAGGCCUACUACAAAUGCAAUUACAAAAAGUCUUGAUGCUCCAUCUUGCAGUCACCACUCUGUCUUGCCUCAAGAAGAGCUGAAUAGAGAUCCUGACCCAGACAAUUUUGAAAAGCCAACUCUAAGCCAAUCAACAUCCAACUCUUCCAAUUUGACACAAGGAGCUCCUGUACUCUCCGCCUCAAACAAUCUCAAUGUAUUAUCCAACAACAAGGAUUCAACAGGAUUCAGCUAUUUACAAGAUGCAUCUCAAUUGGAUGACACUGAUACACCUGAAGAAAAUAAUCCUAACUUAUCAGUAAAUAGCAGCGAUCCCGAUCUUAUCAGAAUAGUAGACUUUUUACAAGAUGAAGGCGAAUCUUUUGUAUUGGAUAUUAGUAUGAAUAAUAUGACAACUGAGGAACCUUGCAACACCAAAUCAAUCUCACCUACUCAAGCUAAUCAAUGUGUCACACCCACAUCAAAUAAACUUUUGAGUGAAACAAUCAGUCCAGCCUUUGGUGACUGCUUACUAUGGCCCACUGAGUCUCCUGUAAAAAAGGGAGGCAAACUUAGAAAGAAGCUGAAACUUCCGGAUGCUGUAGGGGCUGGAGCAUGGAAGGAUUAUUGGGAGAAGCAAAAACGUAUGAAGAUUAUCAAAGAGGAAAACAAGGCCAGGAGACUUCAAAGGAAGAAAGAGAAGGAAGAAGAAUUGGAAAAAAAGAGAACCCAGAAAAAUAACAAACAGGUGGGCCGACAAAUGAGAAAGAAAAAAAGAAAUUCAGAAGCUUUCACAUCAUCAUCAGAGGAGGAAAAAGACGAAGUUAUGGAAUUUGAAGACAAAUCUGAUGAAAUGGAACUCUCUUUAUCAAGAACUCCAACACCAACCGAGGAAAUCAAACGGGAACCAAGGGAAGGGGAUCAUGUUCUUGUGAAAUUUCCUUUUGAUGGGGUGGAAAAAGAAGCAAACUAUGUAGGGAAAAUUCUAAGUAUUGGAAAAAGUGGAAUCUCAGUGUCAUGUAUGCGGAAAAGUAAAAGAUAUGAGAACAAAUUUAUUUUUCCUCAGGUCCAAGAUACCGCCACUAUCAACGAGGACCAAAUAAUUCACAUUCUGAAACCUACAAUAAUGAAAGGCACAAGGAGACAACAAUCAUAUAUUUCAUUUGAUGUUGAUCUUGAUAAUUUCAAUAUCAACUAGCCUGAUUCACACAAGAAACUCCAAUUCAUGAAAAAGAAACCUGUAUUAGGCCUAUAUCCUUUUUCAAGAAAGCAUUGCCAGUUUUUGAAUUUAUAUUUUUCAUCCAGUUAAUAAAUUUAUAUUUUUAACAUCCAGUUUUUUUAUAAAAUGAGAAUUGUGUUUUGUCUUAACAUUGUGUGAAUAU